UGUCAAUUCUCUGCCCUCAUUACCAGACACAGUUCCACAGUGAGGAGGGGCGGGUGUCCAAAAAGUGCACGUGUAUAAAGCCCAUGCCCCUGUGCCGCUCUGCACACACGUUUUGUCGGACACUCGGAUGCAUCCUCCUCCCGGACACUGAUCAUCCACUCACACGCCUUGAUUUUUUUCCCGCGGCUACUUUGAACACACCGGCGGAUUGAUUUAACUGCCUUCAGGAUAUGACCAUGAGGCCGCUCUGGUUGUCUGCAGUCGUAGCUGUGUAUCUUGCUGUAUGCAUAUCUGACGCCGGAUCUGCUUCCCGGAACUCCAUCAAGAACCUGCAGCCUGGAGCAGCGGGAAGUCCGACCGAGCCGGUGAGCGCGAGCCCGCACGCGCCAAAGACAGAGCCGGGAGCCAAAGAGCGCACAACGCCUCAGAGCUGCGCCGGUGUUUCUCAGUGCGGUGUUGCUGAGUUCUGUUCUCGCGGGAUUUGUCAGCCGUGCCGCAAACGCAAGAAGAGAUGCGCUCGAGACGCCAUGUGCUGCGCGGGAAACCGCUGCAUUAAUGGUAAUUGUGAAGCAGGUGAAGUGAACACCACUCAGUCUGUCAGCACUACAGUUAGCACUAAGCAAGCAACCAAAGUUCAUGGCAAUCCUACAAGUGCAUUAGGUGACCAAAACAAGACAGCGGUGCUAGAGCAGGCUAAAAAUGCAACUGUCGUUUCUCCGAGGCCGGCCGAACCACUGAAAGGUGUUGAAGGCCAGACGUGUCUGAGGUCCACGGACUGCUCCAAGGGUCUGUGCUGUGCUCGCCACUUCUGGUCACGGAUCUGUAAGCCAGUGCUGACUGAGGGCCAGGUGUGCACGCGUCACCACCGUAAAGACACUCACAACCUGGAGAUCUUCCAGCGCUGUGACUGCGGUCAGGGCUUGAUGUGCCGAGCCCAGAAAGAACUAGUGUCAGAAAACCAGCAACAGAGUAUACUGCAGCAGCAGCAACAACAACAGCAGCAGCAACAGGAACAGCAACAGCCACGCAAAAACAACAACAAAGCUACCAGAAACCUCCACACAUGCCAGCCACACUAAGCCAGCAGGACUUAUUUAGAACAACUGGCUUUUAACACGCCCACACUCACAUACACAUAUUCACACACAUUCACAUACAAUCAAUAAUAUGUGCAUGCAUGGACAUACACAGAAGGGAUACAGGAAAACUGACUCCCUAGAAGGAUGCUCCAUUAAAAGGAUUGAUCAUGUUUUGCGGAUGGAUGCAGAAAAAGCACACCAUGUGGAAGACUGAAUGCAGGACUCUGCAGCUGAAGACUUUUUUGUUUUGUUUUGUUUCUUAUCGGGGUCUUUUCAAAGGCAGAAUGAUGUUUCCCUUUAUAAGGGAACUAUAAAUAUUUCUUGCAGUAAAUUACUGUAUUGUAUGUGGCACUUAACUGAGCUUAUCAAUUCUGUAAAAGUAGUAUUGUGAGACAAGGUGCUGCAUGACACUAUGCUAAUAAUGUAAAUAUGCAAAUGAUAUGAUUUAUAUUGUUAUUUACAGCGUUAUAUAAAUACCCUAUUUUUAAUUUCAAACUUAAUUGUUAAAAUUUCGCUUUUAUUAAACUAUUACAGUUUGACCAAAGAUUGUCUAUACAGUCUCACAAGUUCUUCCUGAGACACUGAUUCUCUUGGCUGUUCUCAGAGCCAACAAGAGCCUGUGCUAGAUUUCACUUACUUUGCUGUAAUGUUGAAAAGCCAGUUAACCCCUUAAAUUCCCAAUACUCAUCAAUGUCUCCAGACUUAGAUUCCUUCCUUUUGUAACUACAUACUUUUUGCUAAUACUUUGACCGUGAUGCUUAGUAAUAACUAAAGAUGAAUAAUGCAAAAUAAUACUAAACAGUACUGAUUACUAUGCUGAGACUUUAAGGGGUUUAAAUUAAUGAUUAAAUAAAAUAAAUGUCCUUACCAAAUUUGCUAUGUGACUUGAAGUAAGAUGUCUUGCACUGUGUCCAGACUUCGGCCGAGAAUUAGACAAACAUACAGUUAUUACAGUUUGACCACAUUGGAAUAAUCUGGAUUUUUCAGUCAUUAAAAAACUUAUUUAACUACU